AUGAAAAAAAUUUUUAAAAAUAAAAACGGUGGUUUAGUCAAAAAUAAAAGAAAACAGGAAAAAUUACCUCCCGGAUCUUCAAAAUAUCCCCAAAGAGGAAGUCCGACAGCGGUUGCUCCGACGGCAAAACAAACAAAUCCUAAACAGGCAACGCAUGUUGAGUAG